AUGAGCGAGACCAAAACGGGGCGGAGGAGACGGUCAAGUAGCAUCAUCUACCAGGAGCCUCCAGAGUCGAUAGAGCAUACCAGUGAUCAGGCUGCCCUACCUAACCUAAAUGCCAAUUGGGUUAAUGCGAAAGGUGCAUGGACUAUCCAUUUCGUAUUAAUCAUCGCUCUUAAGAUUUUCUACGACAUCAUCCCAGGCGUAUCACAAGAGACUUCAUGGACGCUCACCAAUAUCAGUUAUAUGUUUGGUUCGUUUCUCAUGUUUCAUUGGGUUCGAGGAGUACCGUUCGAAUUCAACGCCGGGGCAUAUGACAACCUAAAUAUGUGGGAGCAAAUCGAUAAUGGAGACCAGUAUACACCAGCAAAAAAGUUCCUUCUCAGCGUCCCGAUUAUCCUCUUCCUACUCAGCACCCCCUACACCCACUAUGACCUGACCUACUUCAUAAUAAACUUCUUGGCAGUCCUGGGAGUAGUCAUUCCGAAAUUACCAAUCGCCUGUUUUCAGAGCAUAGUGAUGACCCUUGAGGGCAAGAUUACGGCGUCUUAA